GCCCCAACCAGGUGGGAGGGUGGAUUUGGCUCAUUUUGUUGCAUCCUGCAGAAGGAUCUGCAGGCUGUUAUUGUGGUCCUUAAGACAUACCUGAGCUGUUUUUGAAAUGCGACGGGGUUCUUUGUCCAGGUAGGGGACAGGAAGGAAGACACCUUUGUUCUAACUGAGAAUAUGGGCUAGCAAAAUUGUGCCAAGGUGGCAGAGAAAGGACAAUGGGUAAAAGUGUUUGUGUCCUAAACCAGGUACUGGAAUAUUUAUGUUGGAUAAAUCCUAGGCGCUUGCAACAUUUUCUGCAGUGGAAAUUAUUAAUCCAGGGUGUGGACUGAGGUUAAGGAAGGGAUUGAAUGUGGUCAGUGGAUUACUGCAGGUUGAAUGGGCUUUGGACACAUCACUGUUUAUGUUGGAAGAACACAUCAGCACCAGAGUGUUUCACUGUUGAGUGUUAAGUUUUCCAGUGUGCCAUUUGGAAUAUGUCUGGAUUCUACUUGUUUUUCUGUCUCAUCCACUGAGUUUCAGAAAAACAAACUUAUUGUAAUGAACACAUUUAUUAUUAACACCAGUUUGACGUGGUUGAUGUGAUCAGAAAUGAUCAUUUCGAUAGAAUUUGUUAAUCACAGCAGCUGUUGUCUGGUACAUGACAACAUGCACACACAUUUUGACAGACAUACUGUGUGUGUGGUUUUUGAGCAAAUAGAGAGGGGUCUGUCAGCAGGUUUCACCCCACAGUGAAAAUCCCAGUUUGGCUCAACACUCAGCCAGAGGCACCUGCUUGGUUUAGCGGUGAGUGUGCAGCUCACACACGCCAGAGUACAUGUGUAAGCAUCACAGUGUAUACAGAUGGUAUGUAUGUACAAAAUGUAAAGACGGGCUCAUUGUUCAUUUCUCAGACGUGUUUGUUUUGAUACAUAGAUGCUGGUGGAGCUCGGCCAAACAAGGUUGUCUCCGAUCUGAACUGUCUACCACCUCAGUCUCUCACUGGAAGAAGUCCAAGAUCUGUGUGAUUCAAAGCACGAAACCAACAGUGGAUCUCAAAUCCAUUUGUCAACUCCGCAUGAUAAUGUCCAACAGGAAUCUGUCACAGAGUUGCUUCCCUUUGGCAUAACCAUAUGCAAUUUCUGUGGAUUUACUGCAUCCUCACUCCAGCCCUGAAGAUCUAAAUAUUUUUGGACAUCUCUCUCCAACUGGACCAGCUUAAACUGACGGAACUUCUAACCAUGCAGAUGCAAAUGACAUGUAUCGUCUUCAUCUGUCUCUGUGGCACAGUUUCAUCAGGACGAAGCCUAAACACUUUGCAGGAAAUGGAUGCACUCUUGGAAACCUCAUCUGAGGCACCUGAAUUAGAUACAGCAGGCAUUCGUCCUUCAGGAAAUGAUACAGGACUGACCUUGUUAGAUACACAUAUUUCAACUGCAUCCGUCCCUGCUGAAGAAUGUGAGGAUGAAUGUCUCCAUGAGGAGGCAGAGGAGAAAAGGGAGCAUCAAGGAGCUGAUUUCAGGAAGCAGGAGGCCAGUAGAAGAAGGAGAGGUGCCUGGGGGAAGAGGAAACAUGCAGCUACAGUGGAGGCCAAUGCGUAUAGAAUAGCAGGAUUGGGGCGGCCCUUAAUGGGCUGGGGGAAGCGUGGAAAGGGAGAGGAGACCAGCGCUCUCAUGACUGUACUCAAGGAGCUUCAUGCUGAGAAGCACCGGCUGAUGGAUCAAAGGAAAGCACAAGAAGAGGAGGAAGAAGAAGAUGAUGAUGAGGAUGAGGAUGAGGAUGAGGAUGAAGACGACGAUGAUGACGACGAUGAUGAAGAGGAGGAAGAGGAGGAGGUUAAAAUGUUAAAUGUUUUGUACAAAUAAGGCAACUGCUUUGCU